UUGCAAGGCACAGCUGGCAAUGUUCCGACUGGGUCGUGUCAACUUUCUUCGCCCUUCCAACCUCCUCAGCACCAUGUCCACGUCGUCGCGCUUGGGACCGCUCGUGACAGGUGAUCAGGUGGAAGCGCUGGUUUCCUCGGGUCGUGAUGUGCGCUUCGUUGAUGCUUCGUGGUAUUUGGACAAGGCACGCAACGGACGUGUGGAGUUCAACACGGAACGGUUGCCUGGCGCGGCGUUCUUCGACAUCGAAGCGAUCAAGGACACGUCGUCUUCGUUGCCACACAUGUUGCCCCCUGCUGCCGAGUUUUCUUCUGCCGUCCAAGCGUUGGGCAUUUCAAACGACUCCACUGUCGUCGUGUAUGGUGGCUUCAACUGCUUCAGUCCAGCGCGAUGCUGGUGGACGUUCAAGUACUUUGGCCACGACCAAGUGCACGUGCUCAACGGAGGCUUGACCCAGUGGAAGAAGGAAGGCCGCGCCGUGGACCAAGGACCUCCUGAGGCGCCGACUCCGAGCGCGUCGUACGUCGCCGUCCCUCGCCCGGCCCUAGUGCUGAACGCCCAACAAGUGCUGUCGCUCUUGGACACGAAGGAUCAGAUCAUUGACGCCCGCGGCCCCAGCCGUUUCUACGCCAAGGAACCUGAGCCUCGCCCUGGUAUGCGCGGGGGCCACAUGCCCGGGGCGUUGAACGUGCCAUUUGGCAAAGUGCUCGCGGCCGACGACUUCUCGGCGUGGCGCGACGUGGACGAGAUUCGAGCCAACUUUGAAGCCAGUGGCGUGCGCUUGGCUGGCACUACGCUGGUGGCUACAACGUGUGGAUCGGGCGUGACAGCGUCCGUGCUCACAUUGGGUCUUCACUUGCUGGACGUGCCGCUCGAACGGUAAGCUAUCAUGCCAUUCGUGGAUUGGAAAUGCCAGUUGAGUAGGGUGCCAGUGUACGACGGGUCGUGGUCCGAGUGGGGUGCGCGGGCCGAUCUGCCGAUUGUGCACGACUAACUACGAUUACUAUCCAGGUUGCUGUUGAGGUCAACGACACCUUGCCUUGGAUUGCACUAGCAAGUUUAUCUCUAGCCCACGAUUGUAACGAUCUUCUGAAUGGCAUUUUUGUUUGCGACA